AUCUGCAAUUUAUUGAUUCAAUCGAUGAAACAAUUGAUAAAAACUUAAUUAAGAAAGAAAUCAAUUCACUGAUUGCCACCAAAAGCUGUUCCGUAUCUCUAAAGACAUUCAAAAAUGAAAAGAUUUUCAGUCAAUUAAACGAUCUGAAAUCAAUUGAUUGUCAAACAUGUAUUGAAUUACGAGAUGAUUGGACACAAACUGAUGAUAACUUCAAACAUAUCAUUGAAUUAAAUAAUGAAAGAAUUGAAGAAAUUGAUUGUAAUAUAAAUUGUGAAUCAAUUGAUGAGAUAAUUGAUCGACAAAUUGAUGAAAACAAUUGCAAUGACAAUAAUUAUCGACAUAAAGAUGCAAACAUCAGACAAUUAGAGUCUCAAAAUCAAUUGCAGACUAAUUGUAAUCAAAUGGUCAAUCAAUUAAUGGAUUUUUCGGUUUUAAGAAGUUAUUUGACAACUGAUAUAUCGGAAGUUUUUAAUACAAAUUGUGAUACAAUUACUGAUAAUACGGACCAACUAGUAAACGAUGAUAUUGUUGUUGUGGAUGAAAACUGUAUUGACAUUAGUGGUGAUAAUAAAAAUCAAUUACAAUGUGAUCAACAAGUUGUUGGUCAACCAUCAAGUGGUUAUACAUUAAGAAAUAAGCGAUCAAUCAAUUAUAUAAACAAUGAUUCAGACAGUAAUGAUAGUAAUCAAUUUGAUGAAUAUAUCGAUGAAUGUUGCGAUGAUUCAGAUGAAGAUAAUAAUAGAAAUAAUAAUAAAAAGAAUAAGAAGAAGAAGUUAAGUACCGAUAAUAAUAAUUUAGACAAAGACGUGGAUCAAGUGUACAGUGAUGUAGAUAUCAAUAUCGCUGAUAAUAAUGAUAAUAAACAACAACAACAACAACAACAGCUUAUCUGUCAGUGGAAAGAUUGUGGUAAAGUGUUCAUCACUUUUGAUAAAUAUUCAAAUCAUAUGCGAAGACAUGGAUCAGAACAUAGCCUCAAUGAUAGGCCAUUCAGGUGUCGAUUAGGCGACUGUUGUUCAUUAUUUCCAGAAAGAUAUCAACUAACAAGUCAUAUAGUGAAAUGUCAUUUGGAUACAUAUCGGUGCGAUUACGAGGGCUGCGACUACAAGACAGGUAACAAGGAUUUAUUUGAUGAACACCAAAGGGGUCAUUCAUCAACAAAGACGUUCAAAUGUGACUACAAUGGCUGCGACCUAACGUUUAAAAGGAAAACAACUUUUACUAGACAUCAAUUCGGUAAACAUCCCGACAUGUGGCCAGACAUGCCAUGGCGUAACUGUCCGUACGCGGGAUGUGCGUACAAAACAAAAUUGUCGGACGAUUUGUACAGACAUAAGCAAAAACACAGCAAACCAUUCAAAUGCAAUGAAUGCGAUAAAGGGUUUACGAAGAAUUAUCUAUUAGAAAAUCAUCGGCGGAUACAUAACAGUGCGCUUAAAAUCGGGUGCGAAUGGCCCGGUUGUGAGCGACUGUUUGUGUGCACAUCAAUAAUGGUUAAACAUUUGAAUACACAUACCGGCGAUAAGAUAUACCGAUGCGAUUGGCCUGACUGUGAUAAACAGUAUCUGUUAGAGGGAUCACUGGCCCUACAUAUAGUGCGUACCCAUAAGGGUCAGUCUGACUACCGGUGCCAUUGGCCUGGUUGUGAUUAUCAGACAACUAAUACCAUACGAUUUACAUAUCAUAUGCAAAAUCAUGACGGAUCAGUACCGGUAUAUGAAUGCCAAUCAAUUGACUGCAACUUUAAGACCAAAAUGAAAGAUGCGUUUGAUAUACAUAUGAAAACUAAACAUAAUUAAUGGCAUACAAUAUAUU